AUGAUCUUAGUUUCAACUGAUGCAAGUUGGGAUUUGAAGCUAAAAUUUCAGGAAUUUCCCCCCGAGAAGAAAGUUGUGUUGAAGGUGGAUGUACAUGAAGACAAAAUCAAGCAAAAAGUAAUGAAGGUUGUCUCUGGAAUUUCAGGUGUGGAGUCAGUUUCUGUGGAUAUGAAAGACAAGAAAUUAACCUUAAUUGGGGACAUUGAUCCAGUACAAGUAGUUGCAAAGCCAAGGAAGUUCUAUCACACUGAAAUAGUUUUUGUUGGAGCAGUGAAAGAGGAAAAGAAAGAAGAACCUAAAAAGGAUGAUAAAAAGAAGGAAGAUGAAAAGAAAGAUUCCACAAAAGAAAUUGUUCCAGAUCCACUCAAGUUCUAUCAAACUUACCGAUAG